UUCGACAGCUGUGGCAUCAAGAUGUGUGGAACAUCAUCAGACACUGGAUUAAUGUAACAGGAUCGUUUUUGAUUGACAUGUUUAUCUACGGAACCAUUCGAUCUUUUUUUAAAUAUUAUUUACACAAUCUUAACCUUAAAGUUUUUUACGACUUAGUGUUUGAGCAUCUCUCCAUUUUUUUUUCUGAUGAUAUUUAAGUGCCACAUUUUGUGAUAUGAUGGACAACGGCUGCACAAACGCAUCACUGUAAAAUCUCUACAUAUAUAUUUGACAUGUCAUAUUUGACUGGACAGGCGAGCACAGAGCCUUCUGGUACCAUGACUCCUGACUGCAUGGACUCCAACGAGCCGACAACCCAAAGCAACAUGAGGCCUCGGGUGAUGGGUGUGAUCCUGAGCUUUGCCUCUUGCCUCAUCAUCUCCACCAACCUGCUGGUGGCGGUCGCUCUACUGAAGCUUCUCCUGAAGAGGAGCAGCCAGAGCUGGUGCUUUGUCUUCAACUUGGCACUAGCCGACGCCCUUGUGGGUGUGGCCAUCACUGGCCUGGCAACAGAGGACUUCAACGGCAACAGCGACAACAUCCCCCAGACUCGGCAAAGCCACAUCAUUGCCGACCCUCCCACAAAUGCCACGCCUCCUGCUCAGGGGAAGACCCGCUGCCUGAUGAGGAUGGCCUUUGUCACGUCACCAUGCACAGCAUCCAUCAUGUCCAUGUUCCUGAUCUCACUCGACCGCUAUGCAGCCAUCAAGAUGCCCCUGCGUUACUCCCUGCUGUCAGGGAAGGGAACAGCAGUCGGGGCCUUGCUGACUCUGUGGAUCAGCUCUUUCACUUUGGGAUUCUUGCCAAUCAUGGUGCAGCAGCUGCAGGCGGAGGGCUAUGACGGCUUCUGCGCAUUCUUCUCCGUCAUUGAUGAAGUGGGCAUCAUCAUCUUGUUCAGCGUGUGCUUCUUCCCUGUGCUCUCUGUGUUCGUCUACAUCUACCUGGACAUCCUGAUGAUUGCCCGCAGCCACCAGAAGAAGAUCUGCCAGGUUAGGCAAGCAGGCUCCAGGACAGCUGGAUAUCAACAUUAUCAACAUCACCAGCAGCUGCGAGGCGGCUACUGGAGUCACGUCAAGGCCCUGAAGACGGUGGCGGUGCUCGUCGGCUGCUUCUUAGUGCUGUGGUGCCCCUUCUUUGUAGUGUGCAUAGUGCACGCUCUGUGUAAAAGGUGUGAACUCGCUGUCGUGUUGGAGAAUUAUCUGUGGCUGCUGGGACUGUCCAACUCACUGAUCAACCCCCUGGUGUACGCCUUCUGGCAAAGGGAGGUGCGGCUGCAGUUGGCAGCCAUGUUUUCCUGCUUUACAGGCAGGUCUUUGGGUGCAGGACCACCAGGUAUCACAGGUAGAUAUGACCUUCAGGCUGUUGUGGAGACUCACACCCAUGUUGGCAGUGGAGAUACCGUCAACCCUGAUCUGCUGCGGCCAAUCACCUGUAACAAUGAGGCUCAGACAGCGGCACAAUCGGCCAUGACCAGUUUAUAAAAGAGACUAUAUAUGGACUUGUAGUAGAUGAGUAUGUUAUCAAUAUGAAAGAUGCUUUCACACCAAUAAAU